AUGAAGAUCUUUGUUAAAGGUAUUACUGAACGUACAAAUAAGAGAGAUAUUGAAGAUUUCUUUAGAAAGUGGGGACCAGUCUAUGAAGUUUAUUCGGGAUUCGGAGAUUACGCUUUCAUCGAAAUGAAAUACGAACGUGAUGCCGUUGAAGUUUUAAAGAAUCGAGAUGGUGUUAUCGAUGGACACCGUGUAAUUUUAGAGCGUGCAAAGGACGAUCGUGAACGUCGUGACCGUGAUGGAUAUCGUGGUGGAUACGGUGGCGAUCGUGGUGACCGUUACGGAUCGAGAGGUGGUGACGGACCAAGAGGUAGCAUGCGUGACUCUGCCUGCUUCAACUGCCACCGUGUCGGACAUUUCGCGCGUGACUGUCCACACCGUCCACGCAACCCAAUGUACGCUGACACCCGCGGAACACUUCUCGAUAACAAGGGUGGUCGUUAUCACCCAUAUGAAAGCGAUCGUUACAGAGACGAGCGUGGUGGUGGUGAUCGUCGUGAUGACCGUGGUCGUGACGAUCGUGGUGGACGUGGUGGAGACGACCGUUACUCGGAUCGUCGUAGCGACAGAUAUGACCGUGACGAACGUAGUGGACGUGACGACAGAUACAGAGAUGAGCGUGACGAACGUAGCGGACGUGACGAUAGAUUCAGAGAUGAGCGUGACGACCGUGACAGACGUGGUGGUGCUGACGAUCGUGACAGACGUGGUGGAGACGACCGUGAUAGACGUGGUGGUGCUGACGAUCGUGACGAGAGAAGCAUUAGAGACGAUCGUGACGAUCGUGGACAUGGACGUGGUGGUCGUGACGACCGUGAAAGACGUGGUGAGGAAUCCGAUCGUUACAACAGCAGCAACGGUGGUGACCAACAAGAGAGUGGAAGCUACCACAGCAGCAGCAGAGGUGGUGGUGAAGAAAGACCAAGCGACUACGAAGAGAGAGAAAGAUCCAACGGUGCAGGCAAUGGUAAUCCCGCAUCGGGAUCCCCUAAAGAGGGUGGUAGUCCAAAUCGUGACAGAAGUGAGUCGACAUAA